AUGGAGGUGCACGGGAUGGAGAUGAGGUGGGGACGGGGACGACCCCCUCUUCCCACCCCACAGAGCCCACGGGGCAGCACCAGGAAGAGCCCCGAGGAAGAGGAGGAGGAGGAAGAGGAGGAGGAGGGGGAGGAAUCCGACGAGGAGGAGUCGGAGGAGGAGGAAGAAGAAGAGGAAGAAGAAGAGGAGGAAGAAGAGGAGGAAGAGGACGACUCUGACGCCGCACCGGCAAAAGAGGAGGAAGAGGAGGAGGAAGAAGAGGAGGAGGAGGAGGAGGAGGAGACGACCAACAGCACCGCGAAGGCCGAGGACGAAGUGGCCGCCGUGCAGGAUCCCCCCCCGGCUGAGGAAGAGGAGGCCCCGAGGCCGAAGGAAGGGGACGAGCAGAGCCCCCCGCCAGAGCUCUUCGUCCUCGAGAUCGAAGCGCUCCCCCUGGAGCCCCACGAGACC